AGAUCAUUCGUCUGCGAGAAUGGCGUCCGAAGAUCAUGAUUUUCCAUCAGAAGGGUUGUUACCUAAGAAAGAGACUGGUGCUUAUUCAUUUCUCACGAAGUAUCCAGAUUAUGAUGGUAGAGGGGUUCUCAUUGCUAUUUUAGACACAGGUGUAGAUCCCGGAGCACCGGGAUUACAGGUGACAACAGAUGGAAGCCCAAAGAUUGUUGACAUCAUUGACACAACUGGAUCUGGUGAUGUUGACACCUCAAAAGUCGAAGAAGUUAAAGACGGAGAAAUUAGCGGUGUUACUGGUCGUAAACUCAAGAUUCCUGACACCUGGACGAAUCCCAGUGGCUUGUAUCAUGUGGGGGCGAAGCCAGCGUACGACUUGUUUCCAAAGAAGCUCCAGGAUAGGAUGAACAAAGAAAGGAAGGAGAAAAGCUGGGAUCCAGCCCACAGAGAUGCUGUUGCAGUGGCCACCAGAAAAUUGGAACAGUUUGAGACAACUACUAAUGGCCAGGAUGAGAAGCUGGAGAAAGAGAAUCUUCAGAACUGUGUGGACAUCCUGAGCAGUAUAGAGAAGAAGUACAGUGAUUGUGGACCUGUGUAUGAUUGUGUUGUUUUCCACGAUGGAUCCACUUGGAGAGCGUGUGUGGACACCACAGAGAGGGGGGACCUGUGUGAGUGUAAAGUGCUGGCAAGCUUCCAUGAAGAACGAGAGUUUGGCACUUUCAGUCGCAUGGACAUGAUGAACUAUACAGUUAAUAUAUACAAUGAUGGGAAUACUCUGGAGAUAGUCACCAAUGCAGGAGCCCAUGCUUCCCAUGUAGCGGGAAUUACAGCUGGAUAUUUCCCGGACCAACCAGAGAGAAAUGGAGUAUCACCAGGGGCUCAGAUUAUCUCCAUUAAAAUAGGAGACACACGACUGGGCUCAAUGGAGACAGGGACCUCACUAGUCAGGGCUAUGAUUAAGGUGAUAGAACACAAAUGUGAUCUAGUCAAUUACAGUUACGGAGAGUCAACAAGCUGGCCAGAUUCGGGGCGUGUGGUAGAUGUGCUGUCAGAAGCUGUCAAUAAGCACGGGGUGAUCUUUGUCAGCAGUGCAGGAAACAAUGGCCCCGCUCUCUCUACUACCGGAUGUCCCGGCGGAACUACUAGUGCACUGAUAGGAGUAGGAGCCAUGGUAUCCCCAGCUAUGAUGGCUGCCCAGUACUCUCUAAUGAAGAAACUUCCCAGUAACCAGUACACCUGGUCUUCCAGGGGACCCACAUUUGACGGAGAUCUUGGAGUGACCAUUAGUGCUCCUGGUGGAGCCAUUGCUUCGGUCCCUAACUGGACCCUGAGAGGCAAUCAGCUGAUGAAUGGAACCAGUAUGAGUUCUCCGAAUGCUUGUGGCUGUAUAGCACUUGUCCUCUCUGGACUGAAAGCUAAUGAUGUGGAAUACACACCUUUCAGUGUUAAGAGAGCUCUGAUUAAUACAGCGGCCCCUGUACCUAAUAUAGAAGUGUUAGCACUAGGACAUGGUCUUGUACAGGUGGAAAAGGCCUACGAUUUCCUCACUAACUUUGCCAAAGAACAAGAGGUAAAAGUGGAAUUCAAAGUUACCUGUGCGGACGGAAAGCGAGGAAUCUACCUUAGAGAACCCCAUCACUUCCGUAAACCUUAUGAAACGAAAUUAGCAAUUGCACCAAAUUUCUUUGAAGAGCAUGUUGAACCGGAAGAGAAGAUAAAUUUUUGCAUUCAGUUUAGUUUGACCUGUGAUGUGCCUUGGGUGCAGCACCCCUCCCAUUUGGAACUGAUGAAUGUCGAGAGACUGUUCAGUGUCAUGGUGGAUCAUCAGGGGCUCAGUGAAGGUGUUUAUUUCACAGAGCUAAAAGGAUUUGAUGUGAAGUGUGUGGAGAAAGGCCCAGUUUUCCGAUUUCCCAUAACUGUGGUAGUGCCAAGCAGGGUAGAUGAUGAGAUUAGAUGGGAAAAGUGGUUUACUGAAGUAUCCUUCAAGCCAGGGCAAAUCCAUCGGCAUUUCAUUAAGGUUCCUACAGGUGCAUCUAAUGCAUUAUUGAAGGUUGAGUCGACUGACAAAGAGAAAAACUGCCGAAUGUUGCUACAUGCUGUACAAAACCUGCCUCAACACCAGUACACCAAACUAGAAUUUGAGAAGUUCAUAACUCUGUCAGACAGCGGGGAGUCCAAACACGCAUUUAGAGUGGAGGAAAAUGGAACUUUAGAACUGUGUAUCGCCAAAUGGUGGGCCAAUUUAGGAGAUGUUAUCUUGAAUUAUAGUAUCACAUUCCACGGAGUCUCACUGGAUACAAAGAAACCUGUAAUGCAUGCGUCAGAUGGAGUUGUAAGGUAUAAUAUACGGGCCAAUCUGAGGAGGGAGGAGAUCAGUCCAAACAUAUCACUCAAGACACUGGUGCAACCCCUGAGACCAUCUGAAUACAAGAUUAAGCUACUACCAGGAACAAGAGACACACUGCCGGAGGAGAGACACAUCUACGCACUGGAGAUCACCUACAACUUCCACUUGGACAAAGGAGGGGAAGUAACUCCCAAUUGCUCUCUGUUGAGUCCUCUGCUGUAUGAGUCGGAGUAUGAGAGUCAGCUGUGGAUGCUGUUUGAUUCCAACAAGCAGCAAGUAGGAUGUGGAGAUGCCUUCCACGGCAGGUACACAGUGAAGUUAGAAAAGGGAGACUUUACAUUGUUGCUUCAAGUUCGCCAUGAGAAGAAAGACAAACUGGAACAACUGAAGGAUCUGAUUGUACAGAUAAAGUACAAACUCCCAUCUCCCAUCUCGCUGAAUGCUUACAGCAGCUGGCAGAAGACCUUCGAGGGCAAGAAGUGCAAUAGCUUGAUACUAGGGAAAGGUGUUCUUCAGCCAUUGUUUGUGGCUCCUCUGGCUUCUGACAAAAUUCCUAAAAAUGCCAAGCCAGGACAGAUUUUAUUAGGCACCAUGUCAUUACUGAAAAAUGAACCUCUGACAGAAGUGAGUUCUGUGCCUUUCAAAUAUGUGAUAACUGAAUUAGCCAAGAAGGACAAUCCUAAGAAAGACAAGAAAGGAGGGAAAGACAAAGGAGAGAAAGAAAGUGAGAAAAAAGAAAAAACAAAAGAUGAAGAAUUCACAGAAGCACUCAGGGACUUACAAAUCUCAUGGAUCUCAAAACUAGAACCUGACCAUUCCUUGUUUGAUGAGUUAAGGAAGCAACAUCCUGACCAUUUACCUGUCUUCACUGCCAGGCUACAAGCUCUAGACAACCACAAGGAUAGGAAAAAGUAUCUUGGUGAAAUUAUAGAUCUAAGUAAAUUCAUCAUCUCUAAAAUUGAUCAAAAAGAAUUGUUGAGUUUCUAUGGAAUGAAAUCAGACCCAAGACCAGAGGCAGCAACAAUCAAAAGUGAGAAAGACAAGGAGAAGGAGAUGCUGAUAGACAGCUACUUCAGACUGGGCAAGGCUCAGGUCACUGUCCUGGAGGUCAAAGCUAAGGAAGAGUUAGACAGUGAAGGUCUGCCCAGCGUGACAACAGAGGAUGUGAAGGAGACCUCUCAGAACCUACAGCAGUGGAUUGACCUCAAUGACACCAAGGUUUCGUAUUUUACAAUGAUGUAUGCUCAGUACAUGAAGCAGUAUGGCAGGGCGCUGAAAAUCCUUCAGAAGAGCUACGAAGACAAACCUACUCAGGAGAUCGAAGUCAAUAUGAUUAAAAUAUUCAAGGAGUUAGGAUGGGACCACUGUGUUAUUCACCAAGAGAACUGGCUCCACGUACGGUACCCCAAGAGUUACAGGCCUUUCUGAUGUCACAGCACCACUAAUCUCUUGUGUUUAAUAUUACAUUUAGUAUUUUCUGUAGUGUUUACAUGUGACUUUUCCACAUUGAUGACAAAUGAACUACAUUUACAAUAUACAUGUUAUUAUUUACUAAAAUUUGUGUUGUCGAAUUUCUCAUGGAAAUGAUUUUAAGUGGCUCAAAUUUGUGCCCCCUGUGUUUGGAUAUCGUGUCUUGUGGUGUGUGUUGAAUCUCUGUAAACCAGAAGGUAUGGUUAAUGGUAAAUACUUAUUGACCGUAUGAUGGGGGGCUUUGGUGGCGUGCUAAAUUUGGCUUAUUUUUGUGAUAGAGUCCAAAUUUGCCAAAAUGAUCAUCACUGAAUUUGAGCCCUUCUAUGUUUUUAUAAUAGGUAUUAAUUAAAAUUGCCAAAUUAGCAAUCAUCAAAAUUCUUGACAUACCCUCAUGUUGUCAAAUUUUUCACCUACCAAAAAUCUCCAUUUUGCGAUAGUACAUUAUGAUAUUAUUUUAUUAUGGGUCACUGUAAUGUUUGAAUAUGUUUUAAUUGUACGAUUUUAUGGUUGUAGAGAAAAUCAAUAUUCAAGAUAUAAAUUAUUUUAUUCGGAUUCAAUGUUUUAAUUGUCGACACCAGUAGCAAAGAAUUAACGGUAUAAAAUGUCAAUGUGUCCAUUUGUUGUUUUAUUAAAUACUUCCAUAUAAAUGAAAAGUAUUUUUGUUAGAAAAUAAUGUUCUUGCUGUGUACAUUCAUUACCAUUAAGCUGACAUUCAACAUGGAAAUGUUUGAAACUAAAUGUUUUAUUGUCCACAUACAAAUAUGUAUAUAAUUUAAGCACUGUACAUCUGAUCUGAAAAGUGAUAGGGGGUAUUGUCUCAUUGCUCUGGGUUUUUUUUGGAAUUUUAGUCGCAUGCUCAGUAAAGAACCCUAACUGUUGGUUUUUAGAUAUAUGACUGGGGGUCUCUGCUAAGGCCGCUAACUGUUGGUUUUUAGAUAUAUGGCUGGGGGUCUCUGCUACAGAGGGCUCCAAGAAGCACUUGCAAUGUCUGUGAUAUUUUAAAAUUAAAGCACAUUUUACAUCAGAUCUGCUUUUAGAAAAUAUUACAUUGAGAUUAUAUGUCUAUUUUUAUCAUUGUGGAUGUAUAGUAUUUAGAUGAUAUGUCAUAAUUAAUCUGAUGUAUUUUAUAACAAUUUUCUCUUUUUCAAUUUCUGUGAGCAGGUGAGAGUACAGAAAUUAUAUUUUUUUUUCCUGUGGAAAAGUAAGGGUUGAGAUUCAGUAUUGAUACAUAAAAAAGUAAACUGUAUGCCUUCAUUUUAGAUACUUGCACUGGUAUGUCUGUUUGUAAUGGACUGCAUUAUUAAUUCAAAUUUUUCAUCAUAGGGCAAUUUCAUAUUCAAUAAAUAUUUUAUGACAUCAAG